UUAUAAAUGUGCAGAACCUGAGCGAAUGAGGAAUACAAAGCCUAUUGGUAACAUGGAGCAUCAUCUCAUCAUACUAGUAGUGCUCUUGGUAUGCCAGGUGGAUGGGGGAACUUUUCGUACUGAAAUCGUUGGUGGCAGGGAGGCUGCUCCCAACUCUCACCCUUACAUUGCUUCCCUUCAGUUAAGACGUCAGCAUUUCUGUGGUGGAUCCCUCAUUGCCCAGCAAUUUCUAAUGACAGCUGCACAUUGCCUGGCAGACAUAAACGCAAGAGACGUGACUGUAGUAUUGGGUGCCCAUUCGCUUCGCAGCAAUGAGGCCUCCAGACAAACAUUUAGAAUUUCUCGAGUGUUUGAAAAUGGCUUCAACCCACAGACACUGGAAAAUGAUAUACUUGUUUUACAGCUUGAUAGGAGAGUAACUCUGAACUCAAGGGUUAAUUUGAUUAGCCUACCUCGGACCAAUGAGACAGUCCCUGCUGGGACCCAGUGUGUCACUUCUGGAUGGGGAAGAUUGGGAACACAGGCAAGGAUUCCAGACCGUCUUCAGGAGCUCAAUGUCACAGUUACUAGUGGAGAUUUAUGCCGUCCCAACAACAUAUGCACUGGAGUAUUCAUGCAGCAGGCUGGCAUAUGUUUUGGGGACUCUGGGGGACCUCUUGUGUGCAACGGGGUCAUUCAAGGCAUUUCUUCUUUUAUCAUCCGGAGUUGUGGAAGUGGAGUAGCUCCUGACUUCUUUUCACGAGUUGCGCUUUUCCGGGACUUUAUCGAUCGCUCCAUCAAUAGCUGACAAAUACAGAAAGGUCUCUCCAUCUCCUUCUGGUAUCUUCAUCAAGUAAACCAUAACCCUUAAGCAUUCCAGCUGGGUUCUAACUCUGUGACUGUCACAUUAGGGUGCUACUAUGCUUGUAUGCAGUGACCACUUGCUGCACAAUUUUGCUGGUAAUACUGCAGGCAUAGAUUUAUCCAUGUGCGCCACACAGCGUGAGAACACAGCCUUAUAGAGUAUUAUAUAGUUUAUAUAUAGUUUCAUCUUAUCCCAAUAUGAAUACCCAAAUGAUAUUAAAAAACAAGAUGUGUAUUUCCAUCUCAGCAUUGUUUUGGUGUUUAUUUUAUCAAACUGUAUGUGAAUAAUGGCUUGUUUUCCCAAUAAAGUGUUUAUUAUCACAUUAUCCUCUUGUAACUGAU